AUGGCCAGUGCUUUGCUGGUGGUGGGAACAGCAGGUGGAGUGUUUUUAGGGAAUUAUAGAAAGUACAGUAUUCCUGGACUCGAGGGUGUGGGACUUCCUCCACCCCCGAAAAAUCCUAACCCAGCCGGUGACACGGAGGCCCAUGUGGCACAAGCCAAGUCUGAGAACUGCCAGGUUUCCAAAUGGCAGGAAGAACGGACUGCAAAAACUGCCCUUUUGGUUCAUCAGAUGGCUAAACCGGGCGAUGGGGAGAGGUCGUGCGGCUUGCCUGAAAUCCUGUUACCACCACAGGUUGGCCGGGUUGGGGCUCUUAUUCGGCAGUUGGGAAAUGAACCACUUCCCCAAGCCAGGGCACCUCUGACUCCUCUGCCCGGCACACCAGAGCCGGCCUGUCCACACCGCGCUGCAGCCCUGCUGUGCGCCAGGCCACACGGCACGCUCUGCCCUCUGCUCGGCCAGGCUCUGUGCUGGGGCUGGGUGGUGGGGACGGGGCCUCGGAGCCCCAGGGCAGCAGCCAGUGGGAGCCCAAAGGUGGAAGCAACCCAAACAUCCACGGACAGAGGAAUGGAUGAGCACAGCGUGGUGUACACGUGCAAUAGGAUCUUAGCCAUAAAACGAGAAGUUCUGGUGCAUAAUACAAUAUGGAUGAGCCCCAAAGACAUUAUGCUAAACAAAGGAAGCCAGACACAAGAGGACGGAUACUGUAUGGGUCCGCCUAAGUGGGGGACUAGUGUCAUGGAAGACAGUGUUUCUACGGGGAUGAGGAGCUCAGGUGAUGACGCGAGCAAUGGAGAGCGGCUUUGUCCCGCUAAAAUGCUCUGCUGUGCAGCUUUUGCUGGUCACAGCAGGUUGAAAGUGACCGUGCAGCUCUCUCCCCCGUGUCCCAGUGAGAGGCAUUAUGAGCUUCUAGGACGAUGCUGCAGCAAAUGUGAACCAGGAAAGUACAUGUCUUCUAAGUGCACUACUACCUCUGACAGUGUAUGUCUGCCCUGUGGCCGGGAUGAGUACUUGGCUACCUGGAAUGAAGAAGAUAAAUGCCUGCUGCAUAAAGUUUGUGACACAGGCAAGGCCCUGGUGGCCGUGGACCCCGGCAACCGCACGGCCCCGCGGCGCUGCGCCUGCACGGGCGGCUACCACUGGAGCCAGGACUGCGAGUGCUGCCGCCGCAACACCGAGUGCGCGCCGGGCCUGGGCGCCCAGCACCCGUUGCAGCUCAACAAGGACACGGUGUGCAAGCCUUGCCUUGUAGGAUACUUCUCAGAUGCCUUUUCUUCCACGGACAGAUGCAAACCCUGGACCAACUGUACCAUCCUUGGAAAGACAGUAGAACGUCCUGGGACGGAGAAAUCAGAUGUGGUUUGCAGUUCUUCUCUGCCAUCUAGAAAGCCACCAAAUGAACCCCAGAUUUACUUGCCCGGUUUAAUUAUUCUGCUUUUCUUCAUAUGUGUGGCAGUAGUCGCUGCUGUCAUCUCUGGUGUUUACUACAGGAAAAAAGGGAAAGCACUAACAGCUAAUUUGUGGCACUGGAUCAACGAGGCUUGUGGCCGCCUAAGUGGAAAUAAGGAGUCCUCAGGUGACAGCUGUAUCAGCACUCACACGGCAGCCUCUAGUCAGCACCAAGUGCGUGAAGGUGUCUUACUGCUGACUCUGGCGGAGAAGCCGUUUCCAGAAGACAUGUGCUAUCCAGACAGCAGUGGUGGCUGUGGGGGAGCGUGUGCAGGAGGUGGUCCCUACGCUCAGGGCGAAGACGUCGGGAUGCUCUCCUUGGGCAGCAAGACCGAGACCGAGGGGGACCCCUUCAAGCAGAUUCCCAUGGAAAACGAAUACAUGGACAGGCCCUCCCAGCCCCCAGACUGUUUGCUGUUCCUGACUCAGCCUGGAAGCAAGUCCACACCCCCUUUCUCUGAGCCCCUAGAGGUGGGGGAAAAUGACAGUUUAAGCCAGUGCUUCACAGGGACAGACAGCAUGGUGGAUUCAGAAAGCUGCAACUUCACUGAGCCGCCAUGCAGGACUGAAUGGAUUCCUGUGUCCUCUGAAAAGUACUUGCAAAAAGAGGUGGAGGGUGGCAAUUGCCCCCACUGGGCAGCCAGCUCCAACUCAGCAGAUGGCUGCACAGGCUGCAGGAACCCUCCUAGGGAGGACCAUGAACCCCUCAUGGGUUCCCUGAAAUGUGGACCCUUGCCCCAGUGUGCCUAUGGCAUGGGCCUUCCCCCUGAAGAAGCAGCCAGCGGGGCAGAGGGGGGAGGCCAGCCCCAAGACGGGGCUGAUGGGAGGCCUCCAAGCUCGACGAGGGGAGGUGCUGGGUCUGGAGGCUCCCCCAGUGACCAGCCACCUGCAUCCGGAAAUGUGACUGGAAACGGCAACUCCACGUUCAUCUCCAGCGGGCAAGUGAUGAACUUCAAGGGCGACAUCAUCGUGGUCUACGUCAGCCAGACGUCGCAGGAGGGCGCGGCGGGCGCGGCGGAGCCCGUGGGCCGCCCGGUGCAGGAGGAGAGCCCGGCGCGCCGCGACUCCUUCGCCGGCAACGGCCCGCGCUUCCCGGCCCCGGGCGGCGGCGCCGGCGGGCUGCGGGGGCCCGAGAGGGCGUCGCGGCCGGUGCAGGAGCAGGGCGGGCCGGAGGCCUGAGCGCGCGGGACACACCUGCGCCCGCAGCCAGAGGCUGCCCGGGGCGGUCCCCUCCCUCCCGACACCCGCCAGGGAUCGGUACAUUCACGGAAAGUGCCCCGACGUCCCGUCCACAUUGCGCUUCAGGGAGACACUGGCUGUUCCAAGAGCAGAUCUAUCCCGUCUGCUCGCUCCUCUCCGCAUCCGCGAACCCGCGAACCACACAGGUGCACGCGUCCCUCUGGCCGCCCACCCUGUCCGUCCUUUUCUGGAUUUUCUCCUCUCCCCUCCAUCAGUAAAAUGUCCCUUACGGCGUCUGUUUUUAGGACUGCCCUGUCCUGUUGAGGUCUGUGUUUUCUCCCCUAUAUUUGUAUUUCACUGCCAUACCAUUUUUUGAUACUUUUUUCCCCACUUUUGUUUUUAAAGCUAUUUAAGCGUCUUCUUGAAAAUUCUCCUUUACGUAUUUUCUUUUGUGCCGCUUCGCACGGUGUUUUGGAGAUGGCUUUCUCGGGGGUGUCUGUACUAACCACUUUUGGGGAAAGGCUAGAAAUAUGAAGCCGGAUCAAGGUGCAGGGAACACGUGGAAGAGACUUUUAUUUUCUGAAAAAUGUUCUGUGUUCUCAUUUUCCUAAGAGAAAGACAAAGGGAAAUCCCACUGCUCCCCCUGGGAUGUGUUUAGGUUUGUGUCCAUCCUCAAAACCAUUCAGCGUGUGACCUUGUUCCCAGUGCGGCUUAUUUAUCCACGCUAGCAGAGGCAAUCAGGUACUUAGUAACUGAACCUCUAAAAAUCCCAGUUGCUGCAGUUUGAUGUUCUUAUUCUUGAGUCUCUGGAAGAGACAUAGAAAGCAGAUAGGACACAGGGCUAGCUUGCACACAGAGUGGAAAGGAGGUGCCAGGCAAAUUCAAGGAAGAAAGGAUAAAGUUGAAUUUUCAUUUGCAUUUUCUUUUCCUAGCUAAGAAUGGGCGUAAACAGGUCCUCCUUUCUCCCUAAAUCAUUGUGCAUCUAUAACUCAGCCUUGUAGAAGUGGAAAACAUUCCCACUGUUUUCCAGUGCAUUUAAAUUAAAAACCAAACCCUCAUGUUGUAAAUAUAAGAAAACUUAGUCUUUAGAAUAAGUGCUUUUCUCUCGGCAUCAGCCCUGUUGUGAGGAAACAGUAUGAGUCGGAUUGAAAGGAGUCACCUGGGUUGGUUUAUCUACUGUGGCCAGUGAGCCAGUGCUCACCGUUCUCAGAUACUGGAGAAAAGUUAAAACACAGAAGCAAAUUAAAAUUAAUCUUGCAUAUCUGGUAGGUUAGAAGAGCACUAAUACUGGUCAUUGUCCAGACUUUAUUGGCCACAGAUGCCCAGCUGAAGAGAAUGACCAUCAAUCACCUGGUUGCAGUUCUGAAAAAAAAAAAAAAAUGCUGGGAUGGUAGCAGCUGAUUACAAUUUUCAACGGAGAAGCAGAGGACGGCUGUGUUAUUUAUGAGACCCCCCCCCUUAGCUGACAUAAAGAACCGCAGGAAAUAAACUGCACUGCCAGGUUGAUCCACUGGUGGGAAUUUACCGUCUGUUCUGCCCUUUUAGUUAACAUCCAUCCACAGAGAUGUUAUAAAAAUGGAAGAAGCUAUUAUCCCUUUUGAUAUGGAAUAUAUUAAACAGACAAAGUUACAGUUCACAAAGUGGAAUGCUGAGCUAAAAACCCAAGUUUCUACUGUGACUGUCCUCUCACUGAGACUACUUCACCUUUCUGUGCUUUCAUUUUGCCUUCCAUAAUAAGGCAAUAGUGAUAAUUUGUAAUAGUUUCCCUACCCAGAGACAUCAAAAGGAUGCUACAGUGAAUAUUAAAGUGCCUUGAGCUCCUUCAAUCAAAGGAGCUGUAAGAAUCUACGUUCAGAAAAAGGUAAUAUUCUUUCCCACACUGAUCCCUACUAAUUCCGUAUUGAUCCAAAGGCAACUAAAUGAUAGGAAAUGUACAGCAAAGAUAAGUUUGUGUCUGUGUAUUACAGAGAUGUUUGUGACAAAUGUAAAUGAAAUGAAGGCAAUAAUGAAGAUUAUUUGGGGGACAUGAUAAAGAGAUUAAACUUAUAUUUGACCAUAAAAUUUUUUUUCAUGGCUUGUUAAAACAGGGCUCAUUGUAAAAUCGUAAUCCAACUUAUUCCUGAUCUUUAUGGUGUGCUGUGGGGUCAAAGGUUGGUUGGUUUUAUUAUAUCUUAGUGGUGGUUCCUUGACAACAGAGUUGGUACAGAAAAUACUUGCUUUGAUGAUAUAUCUGCUGUGGAUCUCAUAAGAAAGUUCUUUAAAAUACACCUUGGAUACCCAGUGAAAGAGCCGAAUGGGAAAUGGGAUGUAAUGUUUCCUACUCACAUUUUACUCGGCUACCAGAAGAAGGAAGAAUGAAUUUCUCUCUCUCUACCUGCAAAUGCAACGAGCAGUUUGAAUGUGAUGAAUCUUCAUUUGGCUGGGAAAAGGGGAUUCUUGCUGUGUGACAAACCACCCUGAGACUUAGUGGCUUAAAAUAACCACCAUCUAUUUAGCUCACAGUUAUGUGGGUUGGAUCCACUCGGGUGGUUCUUCGGGCCUGGGCCCCGCUGGGGCAGGCUUGCUCACUCAUUUGCAGGGAGAGGCUGAUUGGGCUCAUGCCACGUGGUCCCCAACCUUUGCAGCCGGCUAGCUGGGCUUGUUCUCUUGGUGGUGUCGGGGCCCUGAGAGAACAAGCAGACUCCCACCAGGUGUCCUGAGGCCUAGGCUUGGACUAGCACCCUGUCACCCCUGCCACGUUCUGUGGGCCAAAGCAGGUCACAAGGCCAGUCCAGAUUCAAGGGGUGGGGAAAGAGACCCCUCCGUGGGAAGAGUUGCAGAGCAGGCACAGGCAGCGGAAGAAUGGGGGCCCUUUUGCCAUGUGUCUGCCACAGGGGCAGUGACAAAAGAGGAACAUUUCCUAGCCCCUAACAAGUGAGUGGCUCCUUCUCUGGUGACAGAGGUCCUUUGGUGCACAGCCCUGUGGAUUCCUGCAGUGGGGAGACGCCCACAUUCAUAUGUAAGUGCUGUAUCAAAAUU